GGUCGCUGCUCGUUUGUAAAGGAUGUUGAGCUUGUCUCAACCACACCCUUGGACUCGAUGCUGCCUCCUUUCCCAAUCCGGUCAUCUACACUUACACCUCCUUCGUAUUGAACCUCUUUGUUGAUUGCCCAGGUACUCUAAUUAUACUUACCUAUCCUACCUCAUCCUUCUUAUAUAUCUUGAUUCCCUUCCUGGAACUAGGAUCAUGCCGUCCGCCAUCCCCACCAUCACCCAUGGCCCCACUACCAACGGCAGUGGCGUCAUCAAAUUCACGAACUGCCUCCUCGUACAAAAGAAUGACCUCAUCCAAGGAGAUCUCUGGAUCAGUUCGAUAAGCGGCAAGAUUCUGAACGGGCAAGAGAUCCUUUACGAACAGCGGACAGCCCCGGAUGAGAUCAUCGACCUAGGUGGCCGCAUCCUAUCACCUGGUCUCAUCGAUGUGCAACUCAAUGGUGCCUAUGGCUUCGACUUCUCCGUCAUACCUGAAGAAGGUACAAAUGCGUACAGCAAGGGAGUCAACCGAGUGAAUCGGGGCUUGGUGACCACUGGCGUUACCUCUUAUCUGCCUACCUUGACGUCGCAGCGGCCCGAGGUCUAUCAACAGGCACUUCCAUUCCUCGGACCUUCAGGAAGCCCUCGAAACCCAGCACAUGGCUCCGAGUCCCUAGGUGCUCACUGCGAAGGACCCUUCCUCUCCCCAACCAAGAACGGCAUCCACAACAUCGACGUACUCCAAACCCCGUACAACGGCCUCCCGACCCUCCAAUCAUGCUACGGCAGCCUCACCCCCAUCAAAAUGAUCACCCUCGCCCCGGAGCUCCCCUCCGCCCUCUCCACAAUCCCCUCCCUCGCAUCCCAAGACAUCGUCGUCUCGAUCGGGCACUCCGAAGCCUCCUACGAAGAAGCCAAAGCCAGCGUCAAAGCCGGCGCGACCAUGAUCACGCACCUCUUCAACGCGAUGCGACCGCUGCACCACCGCAACCCGGGAAUCUUCGGCCUGCUGGGCUCGACCUCGCACUCGAUCGCUCAGAAACCCUACUUCGGCAUCAUCGCCGACGGCAUCCACCUGCACCCGACGUCCAUCAAGAUCGCGUGGCACGCCCACCCGGAGGGCCUCAUUCUCGUCACCGACGCCAUGCGCCUCGCGGGUAUGCCAGACGGCAUCUACGACUGGACGAACGGGUCUCGAAUCGUCAAGAACGGCGCGCUGCUCACCCUCGAGGAGAACGGGAAGAUCGCGGGUAGCAGCAUCGAGCUCGUCGAGUGCGUCACAAACUUCCUGAACUGGACCGGCGCGAGCGUGAGCGAGGCGCUCAAGGCCGUCACCGCGACGCCCGCGAAGAUGCUGGGCUGCGAGGACGUCAAGGGGUGUCUGAGGGAGGGCGCGGAUGCGGAUCUCGUGGUGCUGGACCUGCAGGACGGGUUAGGAGAGAGCAGGAGGGAGAAGAAAUUGGUCGUGGACCAGGUUUGGAAAUUUGGACAAAAGGUCUUCGAGAAGAAGUAGGAGCAAUUUGGCAUUGCAAUGGGUUUCAAGGCGUCGUUGUUU